AAUUCUUGUGGUUAAAUUGAUUGUCAUCAAUUAAAAUUGUGUUGAUAUUUUUCAGUUUGAUUCAAGUAAAUUAUUUAAAUUGUGAUUUUGAUUUUGAUUUCAUUUAUUAUAUCCUAAUUAAUGAUUAAUAUUAAUCAUGAAUUCACAUAAUAUUUUUCACAACAAUUUAUUAUUAAUAUUAAACAAUCAAAUAAUCAAUAAAAUUAAAUCAACAAUAAACAUCAAGUUGUUUGAUUACAAAAGUUGAACUGUUAUUGAUAUAAUUAAAUGCUCAAUUCAAUUCAAUCACCUAAUUGUAACAAUCAACUAAUCAAGACCAACAAAUCAAUGACCAAAGAUAAUCAUUAUCACCAAAAUCAACACAAUCAACAUCCCAAUAAACAAUAUCAACAUAAUCAUAAUCAUAAUCAUAAUCGUAAUCGUAAUUGUAAUCAGAGUCUUAAUCCUAAUCCUAAUCCGUAUCAUUAUCAUCACAAUAAUAAAUCAGGUGAAAGUAAAAAAUCAUCAACAAUUAGUUUAAAUAUUCACGAUACAAAUGACAUUCGUUAUUCACAAUCAAAUACACAAUUACAAUUAAAACGAUUGUCUUUAAGUGCUUCGUUAAUUGAGAUCUACUUUGGGAAACAUUAUCGUUCACCCGAUGUCCUUGUUGUCUCUGGAUUUAUAUUGAUCUUAAUUGGAUUAGGAGCCAUUUUGAUUAGUGUUUAUGUUUAUUUCAAUGAAGAUCAAUUUCAAGAAAUGACUUUUCUCGGUGGAUCGGCAAUGAUGGCGAUCGGAUUCAUUUGUUGUUCUUGUCGAAUCAUUUUCUUUGGUCCUCAUUUGCUUAAUUGUUGUCCAACAAUCAAAUCCUCCACAACAAUUAACACUUAUCACAAUCAAAGAAGACCAACUAAUCCUCCUUUUUUCACCGCUGCAUCAACCGCGAUGUCCACAGUCACUUGUAUUGGUGUUAAAUUCAAUUCCAAUCAAUCAACUGAAAGGCCAAUCGAAUCUUCAUCGAAAUCAAUUGAUUCAAAUUCAAUUCAUGGGAAUACCAGUAGUUUAGAAUCAAUUGAAACAAUUAAAGAUGAAAUUUGUGACCAACAAUCAACUAAUCAAAUUGAUCACAAUCAUAAACAUAAACAUAAUCAUGACAUUGAUCAUGAUCACAAUUAUAAUCAAAACAAUCAAAACAAUCAAAAGAUAAAAACAAUUAACCCAAUCAUGUUACAAUAUAUUUCCAAUUUAGGAAAUAAAUCAUCAUGAUUAAUCAAUUUCCAUAAAAGUAAAUUAAUAAUCAAAAUUAAAGAAAAACAAUUAGAAUAUUUUCUUUGAUCAAUUAAAAAGAAUCGAAAGAAAAUAUCAACAACAGUU